GACACAGGUGGUUUGUGCCUGAAUGUUACCAGGGUAUAAACAUGGAAGUUGGUCUCUUGUGCUAGAACUUAAAAGAAGGGAAAACACAGUUGUAAUUGAUCAUCAGAUGAUUAUUAGUCAAAUGAUCUAUUAACAAACCAUUUUAGUUGUUUACUGUUAUGCCUGAGCAUGCAUGGACACAUUUGUAUUGUGCCGGACAUGUCCAUGCAUAGAAACUGAGUUAAAUGAACAGCAAAAGCGUGAAGAAGGAAUGGCACCAGUAUCAACAGUGACCUAAUAACACCAGAGGUCUAAACUAUGAGUGGUGGUUAUGACGUGGAAUUGUUUGUGGACACUCCAGACUAUGACCUAAUCUGCACCAUAUGCCGGGGUGUUCUACGGUGUCCAGUACGAGUUGCAUGCAACCAUGUAUUCUGCAAGAAGUGCAUUUUACAAUGGCUUAAAAGACAGGAAACCUGUCCCUGCUGUAGAAAGCCUGUCAAUCAGAGCUUCAUAUUUGUGAUGUACAAGCUGAGUAAGUCCAUCAGCCGUUUACGGAUCAAGUGUAAAAACGAGACUCAUGGCUGCGCCGCUACCUUCCCGCUCUCGGAGGAGUACUGCCACAGCACGGCCUGCCAGUACGAGCCGGUGCCCUGCCCGCACCAGGGCUGCGGGGCGCAGGUGCUGCGGCGGGACCUGGAGGCGCAUGCCCAGCGCUGCGAGCACUGGCGCCAGCUCUGCCACAUGGGCUGCGGCACCCUGCUCUCCCUCCAGACCCAGGCCCAGCACAACUGCUACCGGCAGCUGCGGCAGGAGUACGAGGCCCAGCGGCAGACGCACCGCGCCAUCGCCGCCGCGCUGCAGAGGAAGAUGAGGAAGAUGCAGAGCACCAUGGCCCACAUGAAGAGGCAGAUUGGCCUGAUCUGCGAGAGCCUGGAGGUCAUGGACAGCCAGGAGGAGGUUGAGAACGCAGGCGAGACCACCGCCACCAGCAGCAGCAGCAGCAGCAGCAGCAGCAGUAGCUCCUAAUGCAUGUUUCUGACCGUGGAGCCCUGAACUACAUGGCCUGAAAUCAGCAGUCUUAAAUGGGCUUGGAGGGACAUAAAAUCUAGAACUUUCUUUUUAAAUAAUUGGAACACUGGUCCCAUUGGAACAUUAGGAUGCAAAUAAUUUCACGCAAUCUAUAAUUUCAGAACAGCACCUAUUUAUGCUAUAUCAUUUAUUAGAAAAUA